GUUUUCUCUUCCAGACCCUUCAGCAAGAGAUGACCAGGAAGCAGUCCGUGGUACUGAUUAUCAAUGAGACAGGGAAGGAGAUGGUGGAACUCGCGGAACCAGGAACUCUCGGUCCGCUGGAGGAAAAACUCUCCGCCCUGAACCAGCACUGGUCGGACGUGUGCGCCCGGGCAGCUGAGAGGAGGCUCAGGCUUCAGGAGUUCAUGUCUGAGAUGGAGAAGUUCCGGGAGGGUCUUAACGAGGUGCACACCUGGAUGGAGAAGGUGGAGAUGUUCUUUAAGAUCUCCGACAGACUUAGUCCCGAGGAACAGGCCAAGGAGGUGGACACGUACAAGAAGCUUCAGCUGGAAGCGAACCGGUUGCGCGGCACAGUGGACCAGGUGCGAGACCAGGCCAUGGAGCUGAUGCAGCACGGGCCGGCUGUGCAGGGCAUGGUGGAGCCAGAACUCAUCAACCUCAACAGCAGAUGGGAGAGUGUGUGUGAGAAGAUCAGGGAGAAGCAGCAGGUCCAGCCAUUGCAGCAAGUCCAAGUUCAACAGGCCGUUGCCGUGGCGUCAGCCGCCUCCCCUCCACCAGUCCCCGCACGCACCAUGAAGUCCGAAACCACCACUGUCACCACGGUUACCACCGUCACCACGACGACGAAGAUCAUCGAGUUGGAGACGGACUUCCACAAGGCCAGCUCUGUCAUCGCUCAGUUCGACGACACGUUACUGACGGACAGCGGAGACUUGCGUGAGGAAGACUUCACCGAUAAUGUGGAGGACAGGGUCAAGGCAACCGAGGAUGAAAUCUCAAGAAUACAGGCCGAGAUCGACGACAUCUUCGAGAAGGGAGACAAAGCCAUCAAGGAGACCGACGACUCGACCAAGAAGGAGCAGAUUCGUCUUAAACUGAACGACCUUAAAGGAAGAUGGAGCUCGGUGAAGGAUGAUGCUGAGCUGAAGAAGAAGACCCUGCGGACGGUGGUGCCACAGUGGUACCAGUUCCGUUCCCAGACCGAUGAUCUGAACAUGUAUCUCACGGAGAUCGAGAUCAGAAUACGGGAGGCCAAGGAUGAUCCCAGCAAGCUACAGGCUAUCCAUGAGGAGCUUCAGCAUAAGCAGGAGGACCUGGACAGGCUGAACAGGAGAGCCGAGGAGCUGAAACAGCAGGGGGCCAAGCCUGUGGUGGAGCCCCAGCUCAUCCACAUCAACAGGAGAUGGAAGGAUAUCGAGAACCAGUUCCAACAGUACCACCGGCCCGUGCAGUUCAGCACCGUAACCACAGAAACCAUCACCACGGAGAACGUCUCCAUGGUUUCGGUCACCAGCAUGCGGAGUGCCGGGGAGGGUCGGCCCUCGGCCUCCGACUUCCUGGCUGAGAUAAACAAGAUCCUGUUCCACAUAGCGGAUAUUGAGCUGCAGCUGGCGUCUCCCGAGCUGAACGCUGGAGACUACGAGGACUUCUCCAAGCAGGAAGACAAACUCAAGGCCAUAAAGGAGCAGCUAGACACGUUGGAGCCACAGGUGCGGUCGGCCCACGAGCGCAAGGGGCCCGCCAUCUCUCAGGUGGCGCCCUCCGAACGGAAGAAUAUCGAGAAUGCCAUGUCUAAUCUCAAGGUCGAGUGGGACAAGGUCAACAAGGAUUAUGUGGACAGAUACAGUCGCUUUAAGAAGUCACUGGCGCACUGGCAGCAGUUCCACUGUGACAUGCGUGACCUGACGUCCUGGUUGAACGAAGCAGAGCGGAUGGUGCAGGAUACCAAGGCUCCAGAGGGAGACUUGGAUCUGGAGAAGGCACGGGCAGCGCAGAAGAAAUUGCAAGACGGGAUUGAGAAGCACAGAAAGCAAGUGGAGGGACUGAACGCAAACGGGCAGGAGAUCGUUGAGCAGUGCACGUCCAUCGACGCAACCCUUCUGAGGGAAAAGCUAGACGGGCUGAACAGAAGGUGGAGGGUGCUGUGCGCAGAGGUCAACGACAGGAAAGAAAGGUUGGAGGAGGCGAGCAUGCAGACAGAGGAGUUCCAGGAAGAGAUUGACGAGCUGCUGUUUUGGCUGGAGGACACAGAGGGCAUCCUUAACAAGCAGGUGUGCCCAGCUGACGAGGAUCAGCUAGAGGAAGCUCUGGAGAAAGUUAAGGUAAGACACAGACAGACAGAGGGCAUCCUUAACAAGCAGGUGUGCCCAGCUGACGAGGAUCAGCUAGAGGAAGCUCUGGAGAAAGUUAAGGACAAGGAGAAUGACCUUGGAUCGAGACAGGACAACGUGAACACCAUCAACCAGACGGGAAACCGGAUCAUGACGACGCCGGGCGCCUCAAAAGCUCUGGUCAGCAACGUCAAGAAGAAGGUCGACAACCUCAACACAAGAUGGCUGACGGUGACGCCAGAGAUUCCCCAGAAGAGGAGAGGACUGCAGGACCAGCUGCACUUCUGUCGCACCUUCCUGGAGGAGCUGGAGGAGCUUCUGGUGUGGAUGGCUCACACGAUGCAGUUGCUAGAGCAACAGAAGGGACCCAUCUCCUCCGCAACAUCUUCUGAUGAGGGGGAUCAGGUCAUCAUCGACCCAAAGACGAUGAAAGAUGCCCUGACGGCCCGUCAAUCAAACGUCGAUAACGUCAACCUCACGUAUAACAGCCUCGUAGCCGAGAGCAAGGACCUGGAAGUGGACGUCCCGGACUACGUCAGAGACAAGAUCAGGAAGCUGAACGCCGACUGGGCCAAGAUCCGCUACAUGGCGGCCAACCUGAGGCCGACCUCGGAUUCCGACGUGGAAUCUCUCGUUAUGGAGCAGAGAAGGUCUAUGGAGGAGAUGGAAACCGCUAGGAUAGAAGUCGGAGCCAUGCAUGCGAGGGCGGACAUGCCGUCGAUGUAUCCCGACUUCGACAAGUCCGUGGCGGAGCUCCGUGAUUGGCUGAUGCUCCUCGACCACAUGCUGAAGUCUCAGAUUGUCACCGUGGGAGACGUCGAGGAGAUCGAAGAGAUGAUCAUCAAGCAGAAGACCGUCUUAAACGACCUUGAUGUCAAGAAGCCCCAGCUGGAUACGGUGGUGGCUGCCGGCAGACGGCUCAUUCAAACCGCCGACACAGACAGCGACAAGCAGCUCCUCAAGGAAAAGGUUGACAGAAUACAGGAACAGUGGGACGAGGCCUCCACGCGAGUAGGUGCCAGGAAACGGGAGCUGGACAACAUGCUGACGGACUGCCACCACUGGGACGAGCUGAGGGAAGACGUGAGCCGGUGGCUGGAGCAGGCAGAGCAGCAGGUCGAGCACGACUCUGAAGUUGGACAGACGGUCGACGUCCUCGACAAGCAGAUAGCCCAGCACAAGGAGUUCAUGGACAACCUGAGACAAUGGCAGCCGAGCAUCGAGGCAGUGAACGACCUGGCCCAGAAGCUCAUCUCGGAUUACAGUAACGACGACACCAGCAAGAUCAAACAGAUGAUCGAUCGCAUCAACGGCAGGUGGCAGCAGCUGAACAACAGGUGUCGUGAGCGUCAGCAGAACCUGAAGAACGCGCUGGAGAAGCUGCAGAAGUUCAGCCUGCAGCUGGAGGAGUUCCUGGCCUGGCUGUCCGAGGCUGAGGCGGCCAUGGAGGUACUGGAUGAAGAGACAAGCAGAGAAGGUGUGCUAGACGACCAAGAACACCUGAAGGUCUGGAGGGACCAGUACAGGAGCUCCUCGUCGUCCACAUCGUCUGUCAAUUCAGUAUUGAGUGCCAAGUACUGGGGUGCAUGGAGCUGUACGACCGCUCUAAUCCGUUACUUGAACCUGGACUGCAGUUGGAAGGUGGUUCGUGGUCUACAAGUGUGGCUGUGCAAGGACCUCCAGGCGGAGAUCGACGCGCACCAGGAUGUCUGGUCGUCGCUCAACGACACCGGGCGCCAUAUCCUGCAGAGCAUCGAGCACUGUGAGGACGCACAGAUGCUGCAGAGGCGCCUCGAGAACAUGAACGACCGCUGGACCGCGCUCAGGAGCAAGUCACUGGACAUCAGACAACGACUGGAGGCGAACAUUGAGCAGUGGAACCAGCUGCUGAUCACCCUGCAGGACCUCAUCGAGUGGUGCGGCAUCAAGGAGGACGAGCUCACGCGCAUGCAGCCUGUGGGAGGGGACCUGAACACUGUGCAGCAGCAGCAGGCAGACCACAAGCUGUUCCGGCAGUCUGUGGAGGACAAGAGGCCGCUGAUCGAGACGAGUCUUGAGACGGGUAAGGAGUACCUGGUCGAGCAAGGUGAGGACAGCAGGAGCACCCUCAACACCAGCGGAGACUCGCACCUCUCAGCAACGAGCCUUAGCGAUGAGCUGAGCACGGAAGAAGACAAGGUGGGCUUGACACCUGAGGAACAGGCUAAGGAGAUCGCCAGGAACCUGAAGAGGCAAGUCAAGACGCUGACGGACAAGUGGGCACAGCUCCAGGGCAGGUCGGACAUCUGGCAGAAGAGGAUAGAUGACGUACAAAACAAAUUGCGCCAGCUACACGACGCGAUGAACGAUUUGAGCGGAAAACUGCACGAGGGAGAGACGCUGAAGGCUUCGUGGCUGCCAGUCGGAGACCUCAUCAUCGACAACCUCCAGGAUCAGAUAGAUGACGUCAAGGCAUUCCAGGCCCAGAUCGCUCCCAUCCAGAGCAAUGUGGACUACACCAACAACCUGGCCAAUAGCUUCCCUCCUAUGGACGUCCAGCUGUCCAGCUCUAACCUUAACAGGUUAGAGGACCUGAACACGCGCUGGAGGCUGCUGCAAGUCUCCGCACAGGACAGGCUCAAACAGCUGGAGGAGGCGCUCAGGGACUUCGGACCCAACUCACAACACUUCCUGUCUACCUCUGUGGAAGGGACCUGGGAGAGGGCGGUAGCUGCCAACAAGGUGCCAUAUUAUAUCAACCACACUACAGAAACAACCAGCUGGGACCACCCCAAGAUGACAGAACUCUUCCAAUCAUUAGCUGACCUGAAUGACGUGAGAUUCUCAGCCUACCGCACAGCCAUGAAACUCAGGAGGUUACAGAAGGCUCUAUGUUUGGACUUGCUAAGCAUGAACAACGCCAUUGAUGCCUUUGACCAGCACGGACUGCGGGGCCAGAACGAUCGUCUGAUGGACGUCAUCGAGAUCAUCAACUGCCUGACGACCAUCUACGACAAUCUCGAGCAGGACCACGGCAACCUGGUCAACGUGCCGCUCUGCGUAGACAUGUGCCUCAACUGGUUACUCAACGUGUAUGAUACGGGUAGGAGUGGGAAGAUCAGGGUGCUAUCGUUCAAGGUCGGGAUCAUCUCUCUCUGUAGGGCGCAUCUCGAGGACAAGUACAGAUUCAACUUCAGGUUGAUAGCAGAGGCUACAGGAUUUGCCGACCAAAGAAAGCUGGGGCUACUGCUGCAUGAUCUAAUACAGGUUCCUCGUCAGCUGGGUGAGAUCGCCUCGUUCGGCGGCAGCAACAUCGAGCCCAGCGUGCGGAGCUGCUUCGAGCGGGCGGGCGGGAAGCCCGAGAUCGAGGCAGCGCAUUUCCUGGACUGGAUGAAGCAGGAGCCCCAGUCCAUGGUGUGGCUGCCUGUCCUGCACAGGCUGGCCGCCGCCGAGACAGCCAAACACCAGGCCAAGUGCAAUAUCUGUAAAGAAUACCCAAUUGUAGGAUUUAGGUAUCGCUGUUUGAGGUGCUUCAACUUUGACAUGUGCCAGAGCUGUUUCCUGUCGGGCAGGAAAGCCAAGGGACACAAGCUGUCCCACCCCAUGCAGGAGUACUGCACAGCCACGACCUCAGGGGAGGAUGUGCGGGACUUUGCCAAGGUCGUGCGCAACAAGUUCAGGUCCAAGAAGUCCUUGAAAAAACACCCGCGACUGGGGUACCUCCCGGUGCAGACGGUGUUGGAGGGGGACAACCUUGAAACUCCCUUGGUUCUGUGGCGAUACGAACAAGUUACACCCGACAGAGAGGAACCUCCUCGUCACCUGCAUAUAGAAGAACGGCAGCCGUCGUCUUCGCCGCAGCAGGCCGUUUCUCAGGACAUGCAUAGCAGGCUGGAGCUGUAUGCCAGCAGGUUGGCAGAAGUAGAGCAGAGUAUGAACAGUAUGAGCAGUUCGUCAGACAUGGAGGACGAACACACACUGAUCCAGCAGUAUUGUCAGAGUCUGGGAGGAGACUCCGGAGUGCCAAAAAGCCCGGCUCAGAUCGUGGUGGCCAUCGACCAGGAGCAGAGGGCAGAGCUGGAGGCCAUGAUCAAGGACCUGGAGGAGGAGAAUAGAAAUUUACAGAUGGAGUACGAGCGGUUGAAGAUCCAGAAGCAGCAGCAGCCAUCGCCGCAGGCGGAGCCGAGGUCGGAGGUCAACCGCGACAACGAGCUGAUCGCUGAGGCGAAGCUUCUCCGGCAGCACAAAGGUCGGCUGGAGGCGCGCAUGCAGAUCCUGGAGGACCACAACCGGCAGCUGGAGGCACAGCUGCAGAGGUUACGGCAGCUUCUCGAGCAGCCGCAGAGUGACCGCAGCCCGACCUCCCACACGUCGUCCAGCAGCCACACCCCCAACGAGGUCACGCCCUCGUCCUCACAGGGCUCGCUGCCUGGCAACACCCCGCCCUCGCGGGCCCCGCGCUUCCCCACCACGACCAACGGGCUUCCCAACGGGGACGGGGCCGUCAAUGGCGCCGCAGACAUCAGAGUGCAAGGAGCGACGCGCACCCCUCCCCCACUGCGCGACGGACAGCGGCGCCAGCAGACUCCGGAAGAGCAGCUAGAGGAGGUCAUGCGGGAGGUCAACAGCUCCUUCCCUCCAGACUCCAAUCACACACAAGGGAAAAACACGGUAGGAAGCCUGUUCAACAUGGCGGGCGACCUCAACAAGGCGGUGGGAAAACUCGUUACCGUCAUGACUAACGAGGACGGGACAGAGAUGGGCGAGAACGGUCACGUCAAUAGCCUGUCGUAGAACGUGCUUCGGAAUUUUAGAAAAAGAUUGACGAAAAAGAGAGAGAUAAGAAUAUAGCCUUGAUCAUGAACAGAGAGAGAGAGAGAAAAUUUAGCAAAUGUCCUUAUACUAAUUUUGUAAACAUGACUGUGUAAGAUACGGAGAUAGGAAAAGAGAUGAUGAUGUGAUGUGAUUGGAGGAAAAUGUUGAGAUGAAGACACAAGUUGUUGGAGAGUGAGAUGCUCUAAUCUCUUUCCCACUGGUUACGGAGGCUUUGUUUUGUAUCAAGACCUUCCGAGCCAGCCAGUGUAGCCUCCAUUGUAGUCAGCAUCAUGUUCCCUUUUUUUUUCUAAAAAUAAUUCUUUACGCAUUUUUGUAGGCUUUCUAGUUUGUAGAGGAGCUUGUUUAAAGAGCAUACGUGUAGCUUGGCAGUAUUAAUCAAUCCUUGUACGAUGAAAUUCUACCGUUUUACUUGUUCUUCUAUCCUGCGAGACGAUGGUGCCGCGUGGGUUCUGUGUUCGUCCACCCUUCGUGUAGCUUGCGUGUGGACGCACGCGACGUGUUGUAGUAGUCAGAACCUAUUUUUUCUAGCCCACACACGGGGAAAGUAAGAAUAAUAAUAAUAAAAAAAGGCUUAUUUUUGUGAAGAUAGCUGUGCAGAGAGAACGACUUUUUGGACUUGUAAACGAAGGGUCAAAACGAUGAAGGAUCGAAAUUUUUGAGUGCUCAGUAACUUGGGCGCUAAUUAUGUUAAACCAUAAACCUCUACCCUACAUACCAGGCUAGGCAUACCACUGCCUCAUAUUGUAUGCAGAUUCCCCUUUACAAUGUUUAAGCCGGCGCCAUUGUACACAGUACUUUGUAUCCUCAUGUACACAGUGUAUUUAUACCAAACCUUUAUAAAUAUUCACUAACUCCUACUUUAGGUAGAAAGCUGUUUCGUAAUCGGCUUUAUCUUUGACAACGUUACCUUCCUCUCUAGGAAGGAGCUUAAUAUGACAGCCACACAAACAAGAACCUAUGUUAAAGCAAUAUAUAUUAUUAUGUUAAUAUUCUAUUUACUGCUAAUUAUUUUAUAUGAUAAUAUAACUCAAUUUAAGUUUAUUCACAUUAAUUGGUUAUGAACUUCCCUUCUGUGAUAUUGAAUUUUUUUUUACUAGCAAACCACACGUAAUUUUCCCGUAAUGUUUAGUCUUUUGUACCCCUAUCAGUAUGGUUUAGUAGACCCCCAACUUUACCUUAUUUUCUAUCUUUUGGUACCAAUAAAGUAUCAUGAACAUA